AUGAAUUAGGCGAUUUUGAGGAUGAUUAUUUGAUUAUUGAUUGUCCGGGCCAAAUCGAGCUAUACACUCAUUUUCCAAUAAUGAAACGAAUCUGUGAAUGUUUCCAACGACUAAACUUUCGAAUAUGCGGCGUGUUCCUGCUCGAAAGUCAAUUCGUGCAGGAUAAGUCGAAAUUUUUCGCCGGCGUGUUGAGUGCAAUGUCGGCAAUGAUUAGUUUGGAGAUUCCACAUAUCAACGUCAUGUCGAAGAUGGAUCUGUUAGGAAAAGUUAAGCGACGGGAGUUGGAAAGGUAUUUUGAUCCUGAUCCGCUAUUGCUCACCGAAGAGGUUAACGCGGAAACGAAUCCAAAGUUUCAUAAAUUGAACAAAGCUAUCGUGCAAUUGAUAGACGAUUACAACAUGGUCAGUUUCCUACCGUUGAACAUUAACGAUGAAGAAUCAGUAGAAGUCGUGUUAUCUCACAUCGAUAACGCGACGCAAUAUGGCGAAGAUCUAGAGCCUCGAGAACCUGAGGACGACUUUGAUUACGAUUACGAAGAGCAGUAA